AUGGCUUCUGUAUCCCUCCCCUCUACCCCUAGAGCAGCCUCUGCGCCUGCUCCUACCCCCGACGACACUCGCACACCUGGAAAGUGGCGCCAUCCUCAUCUGAAUGAGAUCGUCCGGCGUCAGAAUGCUGGAACAUUCGGGGAUCACAACGUCAAACGGCUUGUAUGGAAUGUCGCGGCUUUAAUUGCGACGUGGGGUUUCGGGAACACUUUCAAAACAUAUUGUCUUCGACUACAGAGCAUUAGCAAUUACUCUACAUAUCCCGACCUUUCGCUCCUCAUUUUGCAACUGAUCUUCCUUCUGAACAUACUUGUUGCCCUCUAUCCUCUCUUUCGACCAAAGGACGACCUCUCCGAUAUUCCUCUUACUCCCACGCAGCGCUCCCUCCUGGGGCUUGACCCGUCUGCCACGCCCCCGCUAACACCGGGCACGACAUACGUCACCCCACCAAAGUAUCGGCUUUCUGCGUCGCGGACAGCAAGCUCAGCUGGCAAGGCUACAUCUGCAUCACCUCUGUCAACAAGUGCCAGCGCUUCCGGACGUCGACUGUCCUCCGGCACACCGUUCUCCCCUUCCAGCAGCCCAUUGUUCCACAAAGCUGUUUCGAACGGGGGCAAAGACAGUGGACGGCGGCCCAGCUUUGGGUCGUUAUCACCACUGGGGAGGAGUUCGCCGUUCGCAGAGUCUAGCAUUGGACCGGCCACUCCUUCCCCUGUAGGUGGCAAGCGUGUGAGUUUGGGAUUGAGUAACAAGUGGUUGUAUGAGCGGAGUAGGCGACUGUCGGCCAGCAAUGGUAGUUUAAAUUGA